AUGAGCAAAUCAGAAGAGUUGGCGCCCCCAAAAGAAAACGCGGCAGCAGCUCACCAAGAAGCUCAAGUCAGUCCCAUCCUGAGACGCGCCCUCGAUCGACUCAACGCAGCACGAAACACGCUGGAAUGUGAUGUUUUAAAGUUACGAAAGAUCGUGUUUCAAGGAGACGUGAUCAGACUCUAUGCACUGGAAAGUGACCAUCUCACGCUCGAAAACAUAUGUCAUUCGGGCGGUGUCCUAAAGAAUUUGAUCUCAGACUUGGAUGUAGCCAACGUGGCGUUUUCUAUUCUGCUAGCCAUUGAGCGUUUGUCAUCGGCUGGGCUUUAUUUAUCCACGAUUCAAUGCAGUAAUGUCUUCUACAGGGCAGGGGAAAUCCCAUUUCUUGGAGACAUUGAACUCCUCUUGGUGCCAGAGGAGGACCACAAUUUAUCCUCCGUCGUGCCUGCUGUCCGUGGACUUGGUGCAGCGAUUUAUAGAUCGUACGCUGGAGAAUAUCCAUGUCUGAGCGCUGAAUUGGCAGCCUCUGACCUCAGUAGUAGACUGUCAUGCAGCUCGCGUAUAGCAAGCUUAAUUCAGUGCUUACUAAUGUAUACUAAUAACCAGUCCCUUAGCACAUUUCAAGAUAGGCUUGUGGCUGAGUUUUCUUCCAUGGACGAGAACCCACACACGCAGAGCAUAUGUUCCAUAUCAUCUACCCAGGCUGACUUCUUCAGAGCUGUUGAAACGGAUAAUCUCGCUGUGGUACAGGAACUGGGUGCAGUGUUUGCUAAAAGCACCAAUGAGACCGGCAACACGGCCUUGAUGAUGGCGGCUAAGAGGCUUUCUCUUGCUGUAGUAAGAAUUCUGGCCCCGUUUGAGUGUGGAGAGGUACAUUCGAUUACAGGAAAUACUGCGCUCCAUUAUGCAAUGAUGAGAUCGACGUUUCAAACCCCGAAGCCUGGGACUGACUCCUCUUGCUCAUAUGCUGCCUUUGAGGAGUUCGUACUAGCACAAAUUAUAAGGAUACUCGCUCCACAAGAGGGAGCUGUCAAAAAUGCAGCCGGAGAACUGCCAGUAUCUAUUGGAAUAUCACGCACCUAUCCGAACUCUAUCAUUCGUCUACUGUUAUCGUACAGCGGAGAUAUCCCCAAGGCUCCUGACACGCUAGUUGAGAGCGUGCGUAAUAACGACAUUAUUGGUGUCUACCUAAACUUAGGGCAAGCUGGACGGGUAGACACACUUGGCAACACUGCCUUGGCGUAUGCAAUAGCCUCCAAAAGCCUUACCUGUGUUAAGCUUCUCUCGACAGAAAAAGAUAUUUGCAUUUCUUCUGGUAUCACCCCGUGGCAGCUGGCUCGAGACAGUGGCUUUAUGGAUGCUCUCACCGUCCUAGAGCAGAGCCCCGUCGUGGAUUCUGAUGGAAACACUCAGCUGCACCGCGCUGUCAUGGGAGGCGACACAGUGGGCACUAGGUUGUUCCUCUCCCUGGCCAGAAAGAAAAAUAAUGACGAUUAUACCGCCCUUAUGCUUGCAGCUGCACUCAAACACAAAGAAAUUGUUUGCCUCCUCAGAAACUACGAGGCCGGAGAAAGAGACCAUAAUGGACACACGGCGCUUCAUCAGAGCUGCCUUCAUGGACGAGAGGAGAUGGCUCUGCUGCUGUUAGAGUAUGAAAAAAGCGUUCUCUCUGGGGCUCCUGCAGAGAAGUUAACGCCAAGCAGUUCCAAGGAUAUCCCGUCCCGACUCCUUGCUCCAGGCAUUUCUGCUGCUGAGAUAGCGUUCCACAUGGGAAAUCUUGAGCUGGCAAAGCACCUUCUGCUCCCUGAGCACGUAGUUACAUCACCGCCGGACAAGUGUGGAAGGACUAACCUGAUGAUCGGGGCAUUGAACGGCGAUCCUUUUAUGGUGUUCUGCCACCUAGGACAAGUAGGCCUGGUGGAUAAUGAUGGAUUCACGGCCUUGAUGCACGCAUCGAUGCACGGAAGUCUGGAGUGUGCGGUGCUACUAGCAUCACUAGAGGCUGGACUCGCAGUCACCACAGGAAACCGUUGUCUCAGUGCAAUUGAUUUUGCUGUCCUAAGUGGGUCCCUCAAUAUUGCAGAGGCUAUUGCUGAAUAUGAGUUGGCUGUUCCCAAUGCAGAGAAGUAUCCCCCUGAUAUGACGCAGUUGAUGAUUGCUGCCGCCGAAAAACGCCCCGGGUUGGUAUGGCUUUAUAUCAACCAAGCUAACGCUCGCGACAGCAAGGGGUGGACUGCCCUAAUGUAUGCGGUCAAUACUGGGGACGAAGACUGUGUCAAGCUUCUGCUGAUGGAGCGGGAUCUCAUCACAGAAGAUGGGGUGACUGCAUGGUAUUUGGCGUACAAGGUGCAGAGCCCCGAUCUUUGCAUGAUCUUGCGACCGACGUACGACGUUGACUCCAAGGGAGAGACUCCACUGCAUACAUAUAUACGAUUCUGUGCACAAAAUGGUAGCAUGACUCGGAAAAGAGCCGACCUUCUCGCGGUUUUACAUUGCCACGGAGUGAAGAACAAUGAUGGUCACACUGCACUGAUGCUGGCGGCAAGCUUUGGACUCAAUGAUAUUGACCAAGAUUUGCUGACACUAGAAGGGGGGAUUGUAAGCACUGAGAAUACUGAAAAGUAUGGAUGUUGCGCCUCGAUGCUUGCUUUGAAAGAAGGCCACCUUGAGACGUUCCGGCUUAUCUCUCCAUUUGAGACAAAGGCUCUUCUUUCCUGUGGAUAUACUAAUCUAAUGAUUGCCACCAUCUCAGGCGAUAUAAGUGGAGCGAUUAAAUUCCUUUUAGAGGCCCGUCAACAGGAUUAUACAGGCUGGACCGCACUGAUGUAUGCUAUGAAAUAUAAAUACAAGCACAUUGUUGCAGUCCUUGCUCCGCUCGAGUCUUGCCUUGUCAGUUCUGCAGGAGAACUAGCAACCGACAUUGCUUUGGACAACGAUUUUCUCGAGGGGGCUACCCUAACUUUGCGGCAUGAGUUUCCCUGUUAUUCAAAUGGACUCCUGAGCUUAGCACUUCUAGAGCCAUCUAUGGCUAGCGACUGGGACGGUGACUUAGCGCUUUUCAAAGCACUCCUUCGUCCCUCCAAAGUAAGUGCGGACAAAAACACCGAGCUUAUCAGACAGCUCAUUCAUAGACACCCUAACCCGUCAAGAUUUAUAAAGGCAGCUGAGCAAUUAGAAGAGGCCACUAUCCUACUCAAGCAAUACGUCCUUCACCCAGCGUUCGAAGACGAAGACGGACACACACAGCUGCACGUCGAGGCCAUCAAUGGCAACCUGGAAGGUAUGCGAAUGUGCAUGCACCUUGCGCGCAGAAGAAAUGCUCAAGGCCAAACGGCCCUAAUGCUGGCUGCAGCAGCAGGAAACAUAGAUGCGAUUAACUUGCUAAUGGACACAGAGGGCGGAUUGCAGGAUUUAGCAGGCCUGGUAGCAACAGACUAUGCUCUGGAUAAAGACGAAUAUAGAGCUGCAGCAGCUUUACUAUGCUGCAAGGAAGAGUUGGAAAGAAUAUCACGUAGAGGCUUCACGCCCUUGAUGGCUGCUGUUGUGAACAAAGACUUGGAGCUGGUCAAGGAAAACAUCUGUUUCUGCCAAGCUGUCUACCGUGGAAUGUAUUCCGCUCUAACACUCGCCAUAAAGCUGGGAGAUAUAGACGUAAUUAAGUUGCUCCGGAUAGAGGCUAGCAUAACUGUUGGAGAGACUCUGCCUUGGAAACUGGCAACAGAGCUGGGACUUUCCGAAAUCGCGUCACUGAUAAAACCGGCGAUAAGGUCCGAAAGUGGAGUAACAGAAUUGCACAAGGCUGUGAUGAAUAACGACCAAGCAUUGGCAGAGGAGCUUCUUCACGAGGCCGGAGCCACAGAUCCCACGGGCAGGACAGCACUGAUCAUUGCCAUCGAAAAGGGAAUUGUUAACAUGGUUGCUAUGCUGGCUCCUCUUGAGCACUCCAUAUCGUUUGUCGGAAAAUGGAGCAGCGGGAUCUGGGCAUUUGACUUUCCAAGCCCGUUGCUCAUCGCCACUUGCACACAGCGUGAGGACAUAUGCAGAAUACUGGUGCAGCAAACAGCAGGCGUCAGUACGACUAUUUGCGAUAAGAACGGACUGACGCCCCUCAUGGUUGCCGCGGGAAUGGGAAACCUGCCCCUUGCAAGCCUCUACUAUUCGACGCAGAAAGGAAUGUCUGAUCGCAGUGGAAAUACUGCUCUCAUGUGGGCAACAAAGCACUCUCAGUCCACAAGCGCAGCGCUUUUAUGUGAUGAAGCCGGGCGUCUAAACUUAGAUGGCGAUUGUGCAUUGGCAUUUGCACUGGAUCGUCGUGAUAUUAAAUCAAUAUCGCUUCUGGCUGCAAGGGAAAGUCGGCUGCUGACAAAGGAGUUCGUCUCAGCCAUACAGGACGCAAAGAUUAUGGCGGUAUUAUCACAACAUAUAGAUAUAUCCAUUGGGAGAAGCAAUAUCAGAGAAGAGCUGGCCACUGGUAGCGUUGGAAUAAAACUUUCAAAUAGACGAAGUGCAUCCACGUCAUUGAUCCACACAAACAGGAUGUCUAUACACACUCCUUCUCCCUCUCUCCCCGGUGUAUCUGCCUCUCUGGUAAUCAGGGAGGCCCAGAGGCCUUCUUCGCUUCGUCCCUUGACCCCGUCAUUUAUUUUUACAAAGAACUAA